AUGGCGGAGGCGUCGGGCGACGGGAGCAUGGAAGACAGGAUCAGCGCCCUCCCGGACGAGCUCCUCAUCCAUGUUCUCUCCCACCUGCGCUCACGCAAAGCUGUGCAGACAUGCGUGCUGGCACGGCGCUGGCGAUACCUCUGGCGGUCGGUGACCUGCAUCGACGUGUCUUUCGAGGAAUUUGAGGACAGGGCUGCUGCAGACGACUUGGAGCGCGAGGAGAUGUUCAAGACGUUUGUGAACCAUUUGCUGAUUCUCCGUGAACGCGUAGACCUGAAGGAGUUCCGGCUGCAGUACAGCUUGGUGGUCGGGGUCGGCCGCCUCAGUGCUAACUCUGAUGAAGCCAACCUAUGGAUCCGCCAUGCGUUACAGUACAAGGCUCAGACUGUCAAGAUAGGCAAUCACAGCGAACCUCUGCAGCUUCUUCCCUGGGUAUUCACUUCAACGUACUUGAAAAGACUGCACAUUACCAAUGCUCAACUGAUCCUAGGUUUCUUUGACCGCCUCCGAAAAGGCUGCCCAGCAUUGGAAUAUCUCUUCCUAUCAAUCUGCGACAUUGAGGACCUUGACAUUUUCUCUGACACACUCAAGGUUUUGAUCCUCUCUGAUACUAUCGGGUUCUCAUUCUCAUUUGAGCACGAUGCCCAAGUCUCUAUUUCUGCUCCAAGCCUCAUUUCUCUGUCCGUCCAAGAGUGUCCUUCCGGGGCCAGGCUACCUAUACUAAAGAACAUGUUAUCACUAGAGACUGCAUCAGUAUUGCUUUCAGAAGGAGAUAUCACAACUUGUGAUGCUGAUGGUAUCAGGCAGUUUCUCGGGGGCCUCUCUGGUGUUAGAAGUUUGGAUUUCUAUUAUGGGGAUAGACAGCUGGAGGUGAAAAAUAAUCACGGAUGGUGCCCAACAUUCAACAAUCUUACAAACCUGACUCUUGAUAGGUGGUGCAUGCAUGCGGACUUAUAUGCCAUGAUAGUCUUCCUUCAGAACUCACCUAAUCUGAAGAAGCUAACUCUUAAACUAAACGAGCCACGAUAUCACAACGAGGUUGUAUCUGCAGUCAUCGGCGAGCUGGAGGAUAGAUCGUUUACAUGUGAACAGCUUGAGAUUGUCGAAAUCAUAUGUUCGAAGGGAAAUGAGCUGCUGCUACUUGGGUUGAAACAGUUUUUGCUAGAAGAGAGUGGCAUAAGGCCUGAUCAGAUGCGUGUCAGUUACCAGAACUAA